GUCCGCCUCGACACAGUCCUUCAAAGCCACCUUCGAGCGACAGUUUGGUGCUUUGAUGGGCCCUCGUGCGACGUCCGAGCGCGCCGCAGCAUACCUUCAGGAGCCUCACCCGAGCGUUCCGAAUCGGACCACGGGUUGGUGGGCCGAAGACCGUGAGGUUACAGAUCAGGACUUUGGCUGCCCCACGCACUGGGCCGCUGCUCAUCUGGCGAAGCGAGGCUUCCACGUUUUCCAAUAUCAGUUCUCCCAUCCGGCCAAAGAGGAUUCCAUAACCUUCCAUUCUGACGAGUUGAAGUACGUUUUCGCUGACCUCCCAGCGAAUGCCACGGUGGAGGAGUUGGAGCUCUCGAUGCACAUCGCGACGUACUGGAAUCAAUUAGCCGCCCACGGGGACCCGUCCGGGGGAGCCAUCCCCUCUUGGCCCAAAACUGAGCUGGACGAGAAGGGGGUGGCUGGACCUUACCUGAAGCUGGACGUGGCGAGUGCCGGGGGCAUCCAGGUGAUGACAGAGCCCUUCCGGCCAGAGCUGCCGGGCAGGUUUGAUGUGGGCGUUUGGGGUUUCCGUCUUUUGAAUUUUGGGGGUUGGGGUUCAUGGUGUUGGGUUUAA